GCCUGCUUUGCUCUCGAUGGGACAGUGGGUGGUGGGGGGCUGCCCGACGGACCAACGACAGCCCAUCUGCAGGAGAGAAAAAACCCACCAUGUGAAGAGAAAGUAACCUAUAUAAAAAGGGGGACACGGAAAGCCAACUUGAGAGGGUGAGGACGCGUUUACUUCGUCUCGCCGCACCGGUUCAGUGGGUUUUUUUAACGGCUCGACAGAGAGCGAAUGGACCGAGCGGGAGAGGAGCAGGACAGCCAACGGUACCGACCGUCUAACGUCUCACGGUAGCAGACAUUUAUACCAUGCCGACGAGUGAUGGCCCGAGCCGCUUCCCGGUUUUUGUGGCUCCGCGCCACGGCAACCACCAGAGGUCUCCAGGUUAUGUCCCUGGGCGAGUGGCUCCAGUCCGCUCGCCACCACCUACAAAAGCUCCACCGCCUCCACCGAUAAAACCUCACGGCCCCCGGCCAGAGCGUCUAGCCACCUUCAACCUGUCAGAGGAGAACCAGCGUAGGGGGCGGGCUCAGAGCCUCCAGCAAAGAAAGAACACAUUUAUCUGUUUUGGAGUGUCGAUCGGGGCUUUCUUCUUCACCCUCAUCCUCGUCCUUAGUCUCUCAGUUGGAGAUGUGUUAGAUGAGAAUUGUCCGGACCACAAUCCAUCACUUAGUAGCUGGAACCCGGGCCACCAACCAGAGAAGGCUGUUAUUGUCAGGAGGGGACAUUUGCUUAGAUUAGAUGCUUCUGCUACCUUCCAUACACUAACCAUCCAGUCAGGAGGUCGAGUAGUUUUCGCAGACGAUGCUGACGGCUCCAAAAACAUAACCUUGAGAACUCGUCACAUCCUUAUAGAAGAUGGCGGAGCCCUUCACAUUGGUGCCCCCAAAUGUCGCUACCGUUCUCGUGCCACCAUUGCUCUUGUCGGCCGCUCUGAUGACAAGGCAGUUCCUGAAGUGCCUGGCAUGGGCCGCAAAUUCAUUGGAGUCAUGAGAGGUGCAACUCUGGAGCUACAUGGUACUGAGAGAGUUUCCUGGUCUCUGCUCACCCGAAAUGUCCCUGCCUCCGGUCUGACAACAGGGAGUUAUGCCUUCCAACGGAACUUCAGCAGAGGCAUCAACUUGCGCGUUGUUGACCAGGACACAGCGGCGAUGCUGUUGUCUAAACGCUACGACACACAUGAGUCUCGUAAUGACAGUCGCCAGCUCACCCAGUUGCUGCGCACCCUGCCAGUGGGCCGGAUUGUCACUCUGGCUGUAGGAGACUCUGCAGUCAAAAGCCUUCUGGAUGAAACCAAGAAGGCCAUUGAAGAAAAGCUCGGCAGUAGAUUUGUCUAUGAUCUCAAAUACAGAGAGGCGUGGGCGUUAGUCUCAGUGAUAGGUGGUGGUAAUGCAUCAUGCUCGGAGGACGUUAGAGAACAUGAAAACCACGAAACAGGAGGAAGGGCUCUGGCCACACAGAACUUCAGCACUGUGGACGGAGUAGGCUUCUCGGUCACUGCCUACAGCGAGUGGAAGAAUGGUUUUCCCAUAUCCGGCUUCCAGGUAGAUGCUGUGGACCAGGUGGUGCUAAACCUGCAGGACAGAGUGCAGAAGACCUGGCAACCCGGGGAUCAGAUUGUAGUUGCCAGCACAGACUACUCCAUGCACCAGGCUGAAGAGUUUACCUUGUUGCCCUGUUCUGACUGCCACAGCAAGCAGGUCAGGAUACAAGGGAAGCCUCAGUAUAACCAUGUUGGAGAGAUCAUAGAUGGGGUCGACAUGCGUGCUGAAGUGGCUCUGCUCUCCAGGAACAUUCUCAUCUACGGAGAAAUGGAAAACUCGUGCUACGGAAACAACUUGUGCCAGUUCUACAGCCACGACACCUAUGGGGGCCACAUUAAGAUUGUUGCUAACUUCUCAUCAGUCCAUCUGUCCCACGUGGAGCUGAAGAACAUGGGCCAACAGGCGGAGCAAGGCCACUACCCCCUCCAUUUCCACAUGUGCGGGGAUGUGGACCAGAAGGGAGGCUACUGGGAGCCCACCUAUGUGGACGGACUCUCCAUACACCACUCCUUCUCCCGCUGCCUCACCAUCCACGCCACCAACGGUUUGCUGGUGAAGAACACAAUAGGCUAUGACACAUUGGGGCACUGUUUCUUCCUUGAGGAUGGGAUCGAGCAGCGUAACACUUUCUACCACAACCUUGGCUUGCUCACUCGACCCGGGACUCUGCUGCCCACUGACCGCAACGACACCCUCUGCACCAGCAUCAAGGACAAAGUCUACAAGGGCUACACUCCCUCACCCAGCACAGAGUGCAAGGCAGUUUCAACAUUCUGGAUUGCCAACCCCAACAACAAUCUUAUCAGCAAUGCAGCUGCUGGUUCUCAGGAUGCUGGCAUAUGGUUUGUGUUCCACAGCUCUUCCACCGGAAACUCUCAUGGGCUGGUACCAGAGACCAAAGCAGAGCUCACUCCCCUGGGGAUUUUUUACAACAACCGCGUACACUCCAAUUUUAAGGCAGGGCUGUUCAUUGAUAAAGGAGUGAAGACCACGAAUGCUAGUGCUGCAGACCCCCGGGAAUACCUGUGUCUAGAUAACGGUGCCAGAUUCCGACCACACCAGAAUGCUGACCCUAGCCGUCCACGGGUGGCGGCAGUCAUUGACACGCUGAUCUCCUUCAAGAACAACGACUUAGGAGCGUGGAUACGGGGAGGUGACAUCGUCAUCAAGGACUCUGGAUUUGCAGACAAUGGUGUUGGGUUGUCUUUUGCCAGUGAUGGCAGCUACCCUAAGGAUGAAGGAUCCAGUCAGGAGGUGACACAGUCUCUGUUUGUGGGUGAAAGCCGAAACAGAGGGACCAACGGAGGGCAGAAUAAAUACUGGGGCUUAGGAGGUGCUGAUGCUAAGAUGAGGACACUACCUAGAAACAGGACUUUCCCAAUCCGAGGUUUCCAGAUCUAUGAUGGUCCGGUGCGGCUUACACAGAGUACGUUUCGUGGAUUCAUCCCCACACCAGAACGUUAUACCAGCGCAGUUGGAUUCAACUUGAAGAACACCUGGCAGCUCACCCCACAAAAUAAUCUGUCCCAGCUCAACUUCCACUCCACUGUGGGUCUGCAGACGUUCUUUGGCCGUCCGGGGCAGUGGUUUGAAGAGAACGACCUGGAUGGAGACAAAAACUCCAUCUUUCACGACGUGGACGGGUCAGUGACGGGUUACACAGACACCUACGUCGGCAGAGCAGACAAUUACGUGAUCCAACAUCCUGGCUGUGUGACUAUUUACCAGUGGAGUGGAGUGAUAUGCAGCGGCCGCUACGCUCAGGUGUACAUCCAGACCCAAGGAGCGUCCAGCCUCCGUUUAUCCAUCAGCAGAGAUGAAUACCCUGAUGCUCCUCUGGUACUGAGAGGUAUCAACAGCCAGGGAGCACUGUCUCAGCAGUACCAGCCCAUCCUAAUGAUGAGCAAGAGCUACACUCUGCACUGGAGUGGGCCUGCACCAAGAGAGGUUGUCCUCUCUCUCAUCAACUUCGACAAAGAUGACUGGGUGAUGGUAGGACUCUGUUACCCAUCAGACACCACAUUUCAGAUUAUGGCUGACAUCAAUGAUAGACAAAGCAACACCUUUGAUGACCUCACAGACUAUGGCACCGUGGUCUCCCUUGUAGAGUUGGAGAAGAGGCCGAUGGAGAGGAAGUACUACUUUGACCAAACUGUUGGCUUAUUGUGGCUCUACCUUCGGGCCCGGCAUGGCCGUGAUGGUCACAGCUACUGUUCAGCAAAAGGCUGCGAAAGAGUGAAAGUUAUGGCCACUACAUCCUCUAAACAGACCUGUAACUGUACAUCCAAGUCCUACCCUAAGUACUACAAAAAACCCUCAGCAGUGGUACCUAUGCCAGCCCUCAAUACACAACCCUGCAAAGGAUGUGGUGCUAAACAGCUUGUGUUUUCAAGUGAGCCAUGGACCUCCUACCUCCAGACGCAAGUUAAGUCUCUCACCAGCAAAGAGCAGCAGAAAGGAGACAACAGCUCCUUUAUUACUGUGAAUGAGGUGACCAUGCCCUUCACACGGCCUGGGUACUUCCUGGUCUCAGUGGAUGCCUGCUCUGGGAAAGUCACCAAGAAAACCUCAUUUGCCAAGAUGGACGCCAAAAUGGAACAGUACCUAAAAACUGGAAUACCAAAUGGUUCGAUAGUGCUCAUGGCCACACGAGGUCAACCAGAGGGCCUGGUUGGUGUAGCACCAUAUCUGGUCUCCUUUGGUAUGACCAAAGCUGCUGAUCUGCAAAGUAAAGAAAGUCUGGCACUUUGGGGGUUCCAGGGUAGUUCUUCACCCCCUCCGUGGGUCUCCCUACAAGCUGGGCAGGGGGAUGAGUUCCUGGGGCUGCAGGAGCGGUAUCUGCCUCUGGGUUUGGAUGCAUACGGCUGUACGCCACCUGAAGCUCAAAUGCGCAAAGACCUGGAGCUACUCAAAAUAGCCACAGGACGACAAUGAUCAUUGUGAACUAUACAACUAGACUACCCAGAACACUCUUGCACACAGAUACACACACACACACACAACCAGCUGAUGAAUGUGAACUGCUGAACCUUUUAAUUUAUUAUCAAUGGCAAAGAUGUUUACCAAUUUUAAGUGGAGAGAUGGUAUUUUAUUUUGAAUGGGGAGACUAUUUCUGUGAAUAUUCUUUUUGUUUUGUGUGUGUAAGUAGGCCUUGGGGCCAUUGAGUCAAUGCACUUUCCUUUUUAAAGACACAACUUGCCUUAUCAGUCAAAGUGAUCAAAUAGAGCUUUAUAAUAACUCGGUUGUCUAUCAUGGAACUGAAAAAAACAAACCCAAAGCAACCUUUAACAUUUACCCACCAAUCGUAUUAUUUGUUAUUUAGUAAAUAAAAACGAAAUGAAUUGGAUUGAAUCUGAAAACGGAGCACAAUCCAUUAGAUACACACAAGUCAAAAGGAAAUUAUGAAAAUAAAUUGCAUUGUCCCUGAAAUGAGACCAUGUUCGAUUGGUAGAGAAAAAUUAAACAAGCUCAGGUCAAAGGAAAAUAAUGAAAAUACAUGCAAGAAUCAAAUGGUAAUAUGAAGCAAGCAAUUAACAUGUAGUGUAAAACAGUGCCAGUGUGUUGGCUAUAAAAGAUGAUGUGAUGCAAAACACCUAUAUUUAAAGACGGUCAUAAGCCAUAUUCAAAUUGUAAUUCGUAACAUACAAAAAUGCCAUUUAAAUAGACAGAUUACUACUUGUAGGCCAUUACUCUUUCUUUCUACCAAUCCUCACACGCUUUUUAGUUGAUGUCUAACACCUGAAUCUUUAACUGGAAAACCUCUUAUCUUCGUGCAGCUCUAAAACUAAACCAAGACUUUAGGCACCUUUUUUGAUGGAUUCCUACAUGGGCUUACUGGAUUAUUUUUAUCUCAUAUUUGUAUUUAUCGCUUCACAAUGAUAGUUUCUCAAGUGUUGUUCACAGGUGCAGCACAAAUAUAUAUAUAUAUAUAUAUAUAUAUAUAUAU